UUGACCUGCCUUAAGGUCCUAUAUCAAGGGAACGAAGGGACAGGACCAAUAUAAGUCCUUCUCCAUCGGCCCUCCUAAUCUGUGGCACACAUCUGAGGCUUCAGGGACAAAGCAUUCUGGAGGAAAAGCCUAAAGGAAACAGAGUCAUCAAGUGUCAACAAACAGAAAGAAAAGAUCAAGGUCUCCCAAACCCACUCACCUGGAAUCUUCAUCUGUUAAGAUGUCCCUGGAUGAAAUGAAAGAUCACCAGCUGGUGGGAAAAUACAUACAACCAGAAAUCAGGGAAGUGGAUGGAGUCCUUAUGACCAAGAUAAUGAGUGAUAAGUGGGACAAAAUCUGGAAUUUCCAAGCAAAACCUGAUGAUCUCCUCAUUGCAUCCUAUGCAAAGUCAGGCACAACCUGGACACAAGAAAUUGUGGACAUGAUCCAAAAUGAUGGAGAUGUGCAGAAGUGCCAGAGGACCAACACCUUUGACCGUCAUCCUUUCAUUGAGUGGACUUUACCUCCGCCCCUCAACUCAGGUCUGGAUCUGGCCAGCAAAAUGCCUUCUCCUAGAACUUUGAAGACUCACCUGCCUGCACAGUUGCUGCCACCUUCCUUCUGGAAAGAAAAUUCAAAGAUUAUCUAUGUGGCUAGAAAUCCAAAGGACUGUCUGGUGUCCUACUACCAUUUCUCAAGAAUGACCAAAAUGAUGCCUGACCCUGGUACAUGGGAGGAGUAUAUUGAGUCAUUCAAAACUGGAAAAGUGCUGUGGGGCUCCUGGUAUGACCAUGUGAAGGGUUGGUGGGAUGCAAAAGACAAGCAUCGCAUUCUCUACCUCUUCUAUGAGGACAUGAAGGAGGACCCAAAGAGGGAAAUUCAGAAGAUAUUGAAGUUCCUAGAGAAAGAAAUGCCAGAAGAAGUCCUGAAUAAAAUCCUCUAUCACACCUCCUUCGAUGUAAUGAAGCAAAACCCAAUGGCCAACUACACCACUUUGCCCACCAUCCUCAUGGACCAAUCUAUCUCCCCUUUUAUGAGGAAAGGGAUGACUGGGGAUUGGAAGAACUAUUUCACUGUGGCCCAGAAUGAAGAAUUUGACAAGGACUACCAGAAGAAGAUGGCAGGGAGCACCCUGACCUUCCUCACAGAGAUCUGAGGGCAAGAGGAUAAUCUGUCAGUCAGGAUCUCCUUCCUAGAUUUUAGACAUUUGAGCCUCAUAAUCAAGGAUACUUAAAACUACCACACACCCAUCCUCUAAUCUGGACCUUUCCUACACUACCCAUAGAUUCUAUGCCACUAUGAUAUACGUCAUCCCAAUAUAAUCAAAUUCUGGGUAGAAGUUUGAUGAAAUAAAGUCUUGAGUAGAUGUUUAAAAUUAAAUAACAUGAUCAUUCACAUAGACAAUUAUCUUUUGUGUAACACUAAUCUAGGCACCACGCAGUGAUGCAGGGGAAAGAAAGAUUAUGAUUCCUGGCCACUACACAAUAUUUCAUGUGGCCAUAAAUUCAAGAGCCGAAAUAUAAACCAAGGAAUUCAGAAAACUUUUUAUUCUCUCCCUAAAUAUUAAAAA